AUGGCACCCUCCAACGCGUCCACCUCUGGUGAAGGUUCUGCCGGUGCGGGUUGCAUCGAGAGAGAAUUCGACUAUGACCUCGCAGUGAUUGGCGGCGGAAGCGGCGGCCUGGCCUGCGCGAAAAUGGCCGCUGCGCACGGCGCCAAGACGGUCGUCUUCGACUUUGUUCAGCCCUCGACUCAAGGCUCGACGUGGGGUCUCGGAGGCACCUGCGUCAACGUGGGGUGCGUCCCCAAGUACCUGUUCCAUCACACCGCGCUCGUCGGCAAGGGCGCUCACUGCGAUGGGCCGCACAUGGGCUGGCAAGGCAAGUUCGAGGAGCAGAUCGACUGGAGCGUCUGCGUGGAGAAAGUCCAGAAUUACGUCAAAUCGCUGAACUUCGGAUACCGCACUGGGCUCCGCAAGGCGGGCGUCACGUACAUCAACGCGUACGCGAAGUUCGCCUCGCCCCACGAACUCGCAUACACUUUCCGUGGAGAGGAAAAAAUUUGCAAGGCGAGAAACAUCGUGGUGGCGGCUGGAGGCAGGCCGCAUAUCCCGGAGGAGGUUGAGGGCGCGAAGGAACUCGCAAUCACAAGCGAUGACAUCUUUUCUCUCAAGCAGGCGCCGAACAAAACGCUCUGCGUGGGGGCGAGUUACAUAUCUUUGGAGUGCGCCGGCUUCCUCCGCGAACUGGGAUUCGACGUUACAGUGGCGGUGCGUUCCAUUCUUCUCCGCGGCUUCGAUCGGCAGUGUGCCGAGCAAGUGGGACUGUGCCUCGAGGAGGCAGGCGUUCGUUUUCUGCGCGAAGCUGUCCCUGUCAAGAUGGUGAAGCAGCCUAGCGGGAAGAUUCAAGUCACCUUUCGCGUGGGGACUGCUGAGCCGAAGGAGCUCGUGGAAGAAUUCGACACCGUCCUCUACGCCACGGGGAGGAAGGCGGAUACGUCCAAACUCAAUCUCCAGGCAGCCGGCGUAGAGACCACGGAGACGGGAAAAAUCAUCUGCGACGAUGACAGCCACACCAGUUCGCCGUCUGUAUACGCGAUCGGCGACGCCGUUCAGAACUUCCCAGAGCUGACCCCCGUGGCCAUCAAGGCGGGCGAGAUCCUCGCGCGCCGCCUCUUUGCGAAUAGCACGGAACACAUGGACUUCACCAACAUCCCGACGACGGUCUUUACCCCGAUCGAGUACGCCCACACCGGGUACUCCGAGGAGACGGCAGAGGCCAAGUUCGGGCGCGACGACCUCGAGAUUUAUCUGUUCCAGUUUUCGCCGCUCUUCUUUUCCUGCGUUCACCGCGAGAAGGCCGAGAUCGCGCGAAAGAGUCCCGAGGAUGUGGACAUCACCCCGCCGUGUCUCGCAAAGUUGAUUUGCGUCAAGAGCGAGGACGAGAAGGUCGUCGGCAUCCACUUUGUGGGCCCGAACGCGGGCGAACUGAUGCAGGGAUUUGCGUUGGCUGUUCGCCUCGGCGCGAAAAAGAGAGACUUCGACAAGUGCAUCGGCAUUCACCCCACAAACGCUGAAGCCUUCAUGGCCUUGACGAUCACCAAAGCAAGCGGCGAGUCGUUUGUCGCCUCAGGCGGCUGUGGCGGAGGAAAAUGUGGCUAG